AUGGACAUGAAGUCAAGAGGCAUGUACCUGUGCCGCACCCUGAGCUUUGCUCACGCGGAGUUUGAGACCUGUGAGAUUGAACUGGAGGAGGAGAUGAAGUUGGUGUACAAGAAGGCAUGCGAAUUGGUUAGUGGACUGUACAAGGAGUUCUUGUAUGCUGUCCACCGUUACCAGUACCCAACAAUGGAGGAUAAGAGCAAGAAGUUCAGCUGGUCCCUCUUUUGGGGUGCCCACCAGAGGUUCUUCAAGAGCUUGUGCAUGGCAGCAAAGGUGCCGGCAACAGUUCGACUGGCUAAAAAGGCGCUGAAGGAGGGCAAGUGCGUCAUCAUCGGUCUCCAGUCAACGGGGGAAGCUCGCACAACAGACGUUGUCAACGAGCGGGGUACCGAGCUUGAGGACUUUGCAGGCAUGAAGGAGACACUGCUAAAGUUCAUAGAGAACCACUAUCCACUACCUGAAGUGGAAGAAAUUGCUCUUGAGGAGUUUGAGGAGGAGGAGAUUGCCACACAGUGCAACGUGGCGAUGAGCAGCAUAAACUCCAGCAGCGAUGAAGGCAGCACAAGGGGCGAUAAGGAGGCAAAGGUGCGAUGGCCUAAAAAGACUGACAAGGACGCAAAUGGUGCUGAUGAGUCAGUUUCGCCAUCUGGUGAUGGCACAACCUCGGACGAGAAAUCCACCCAGCAGAGAAAUCGGCUAACAGGCAGAGAACUGGGCAAUGGCGGUCAAGCAGAUGGGGGAGUGCCCAACAGAUUACAAGCAGGAAAGGAGGUCCCCAGUGGGGAAGAGUCAACAACCUCUGAGGAACCGCAGAACAACAGAUCUUCAUCGUCACCAGAAACUGGGGCUGAAGGGUUAAAACCAUCCAGCAGCAAGGCCACAACUGUCCUCAACAAUGCCCGAUCUCAAACCACUGCUGGCAGUGGUGACGAGGUGAUCGAAAUUGACAUUGAAGAUGAGCGAGGUCGGAAACCUGGCGCAUGCUCAACUGGAUGCCAACCACCCCAGCCACCUCCUCGACCGAAGCCUGUGCCCCAAGAUGACAUGUAUGCAGAGGCCAUGGAGCGAAGAAGAAAGGUGCUGGAAAAUGUUGAGCGCAUCGACCUGCCUGUAAACCCCUUGGACGAGUUGAUAGACCAGUUGGGCGGGCCCACAAAAGUCGCUGAGAUGACGGGCAGGAAAUGCCGCCUGACGCGCAACAAAGAGGGAGAGCGAAAGGGCAAGGUGACAUACCAGUCCCGUGGGGCAGAGCUGGGAGAGUCGCUGGAAAAUGUCAACAUUGCAGAGCAGAAGGCUUUCAUGAGUGGCAAGAAGUUGGUGGCCAUAAUCUCGGAUGCGGCUUCGGCUGGGAUAUCCCUGCAGGCUGACAGGCGCUGUGAGAAUCAACUCCGAAGGGUGCACUUGACCCUGGAGCUGCCAUGGAGUGCUGAGAAGGCAAUCCAGCAGUUUGGGCGGUCUCACCGUUCCAAUCAAGUCAGCUGCCCAGAGUACAAACUGUUGUUCACGUCCCUUGGUGGGGAGAAGAGGUUUGUGGCUUCGGUGGCUCGAAGGCUGUUGAGCUUGGGGGCGCUGACACAGGGAGAUCGCAGAGCUGGGGUCUCAUUUGAAAUGUGUGACUUCAACUAUGACAGCACAUGGGGGCGAAGGGCCCUGAACACGAUGUACAUGGGGCUUAUGGAGGAGUGCACACCCAUUGUGGCCCCUUCGUGUGUGGCAUCAAACAUGGGGGAACCCAAUGCCAAGUACGCUAACCUGGAGCGCUUCAGGACAGAAAUGCGUCGCCACCUCUUCAGUGUCGGAAUCAUCAAGCCGAAGCCCAGGCAUAACGAGCAACCUGCCCUAAUGCUGAGGGACAUAGCACUAGAUCUCAUAGACCCCGACCCUGCGAUUGGAUCAAUCCCAGAUGGCGAGCGCAACAACGUGCCGCACUUCCUCAACCGCCUCCUGGGGAUGGUGCCCACGCUGCAGUGCGACCUCUUUGGCUGGUACCAGGAGCACCUGGACGCCACCAUAAGCAGGGCAAAGAAGGAGGGCCGCUACGACACGGGCAUCGUCGACGUGCAGGGCACAAGGCUGGAGAUGCAGGGACCCCCGCAGACUGUGUUUGUGGACAGGCUAUCCGGCGGGCGCACGUUGCACUACCAGGUUCACCAGGACCGCGGGGUGAGCUGGAUGGAUGCGGUGAAGAUGCUGAAGGAGCACCUGAAGGCUGUCGGCGGCGCUGACGAUGGCCGAAGUGGCUUCUACCGCAACAAACCCGGUGCCCACAGGGGCCUCCACAUGGUUUUGGCUCUGUAUGACCCAGACAGCAGCCUGCCAAGGUUCAAAAUGAUCCGCCCACUCACCGGAGCAGCAUCUAAGCCGUGGAAGUCCUCAGAGUUGAAGCAGAGGUACAUCCCCAUGGAGGACGAGGAGAUGGCGCAGGAGCUGUGGGAUGACGUGUACAACGCGGCAGGCCGGCAGAAGUUCCGCGUCAAGCAGCUCAACAUCCUGGCGGGCGUCAUCCUGCCCAUAUGGGGCGUGAUCGACCGGGCCCUUGGGAUGCAGCACCGGGAGCAUGACAAGCUGCUGCAAGUUCGCCGGCUGCAGAUGACCAACAGCAGCCAGCGUCUGGUGGGGGUUCUUGUGCCCGAGAGCGCGAUGCACGUGGUGCUGGAGGGGCUGGAGGAGCUGAAUGCUGCAAACGGGGUGACGGCAGACAGCCCGUCGCUUGACUACGUCCCUGACUAUGACGAUGUUGGCCCCUUUGGAACAGGGGUGACUGCUCCCCAGUGGGGUGGCAGGCAUCCUGGCCAGGAGCCGAUCGAACUGCUGGACGAGUGA